UCCGGGUUCUGACAAUAUGGCGGGUCCUGUUCGGUGGUAGCGGUAUCUGUACAACGAGUGUAAAACAGAAAGAUCGGAGUUUAACCGGUGGGAGGGAAACAAAAUCGUGGUCCUCGGCGAUGGAGCGAGAACGGCCUUUCCGAUAACGGCCGGUGAACGAGAGCAGAUUACAUUAGAGGUUUAUCGGGGCAGUGGGAUCUGUGCUGCGAGCUGAAAAUGGCCCCGGUUCAGGUGGAGAGUUCGCAGCUGGUGUCUGCCGCUGGCCCGACCUCUGCUCCGGCCGCUGCAGCUACAGCAGCCGUGGCCGCCAGCCCCGGCGUCCGCCUGAGCAUGCUGAUCGAAUUCCUGCUGCAGAGAACCUACCAUGAAAUUACGGUGCUGGCCGACCUGUUACCUCGAAAGACUGACAUGGAACGAAAAAUUGAGAUUGUUCAGUUUGCUAGUCGAACGCGUCAACUCUUUGUCCGUCUGCUCGCACUGGUAAAAUGGGCAAGCAAUGCUGGAAAGGUGGAAAAAUGUGCGAUGAUAUCAAAUUUCUUAGAUCAGCAGGCAUUCAUCUUUGUGGACACUGCUGAUCGAAUGGCAUCAUUAGCAAGAGAUGCUUUGGUUCAUGCACGCCUGCCAAGUUUUGCGAUUCCAUUUGCUAUUGAUGUUCUAACAACAGGGUCGUAUCCUCGCCUGCCCACUUGUAUUCGGGAUAAGAUAAUUCCUCCAAAUCCAAUUACAAAAAGUGAGAAACAAUCCACACUUCAUCAGCUUAAUCAGAUUCUGAGACAUCGACUGGUGACAACAGACCUUCCUCCACAGCUGGCAAACCUUACUGUCGCGAAUGGACGUGUGAAAUUCCGUGUUGAAGGUGAAUUUGAAGCCACACUUACAGUGAUGGGUGAUGAUCCUGAAAUACCCUGGCGACUACUCAAACUGGAAAUACUAGUUGAAGAUAAGGAAACAGGAGAUGGUCGUGCUUUGGUUCAUAGUAUGCAGAUCAAUUUCAUCCAUCGACUGGUACAGUCCAGACUCUUUGCUGAUGUGAAGCCUCUGCAAGAUAUGUACAACUGUUUACAUUCAUUCUGUUUGUCACUGCAAUUGGAAGUUUUACACUCUCAGGUGCAAAUGCUAAUACGUGAACGCUGGGGCGAUCUCGUUCAGGUCGAGAGGUAUCAACCUGGAAAGUGUCUAACUUUGGUUGUUUGGAACCAACAGGUCUUGGGGAGAAAGACUGGCAGUGCUUCUGUUCACAAAGUCUUGAUAAAAAUCGAUGAGAGUGACUGUUCAAAACCCUUACAGAUAUCGCAUGAUCCACCAUUACCAGCAUGUGAUUCUAAAUUAAUAGAACGUGCUAUGAAGGUUGAUCACUUAUCUAUAGAGAAGCUUUUGAUUGACAGUGUUCAUGCACGUUCCCAUCAGAAGCUGCAGGAGCUGAAAGCCAUUCUCAAGAGCUAUAAUGCCAAUGAUAACUCCUUUAUAGAGACACCCUUGCCUACAUUGGUUAUUCCUAUCUUAGAACCUUGCGGUCGUUCUGAGUGUCUUCACAUUUUUGUCGAUCUUCAUUCUGGAAUGUUCCAACCAAUGUUAUAUGGAGUUGAUCAAACUACUUUAGAUGAUAUUGAAAAGUCUAUCAAUGAUGAGAUGAAGCGAAUUAUUCCUUGGAUUCAACAGCUAAAGUUUUGGCUUGGACAACAAAGAUGCCGGCAGUCCAUGAAGCACCUUCCCACAGUCUGCAGUGAGACAUUACAUCUUUCAAACUUUUCCUCUCAUCCAGUUGGAAACCUCUCAAAACACAAGCUAUUCAUCAAGUUGACGCGCCUUCCUCAAUACUACAUUAUUGUAGAAAUGUUAGACAGACCAGGCUUUCCUGCAGAGCUAGAGUACAAAUAUCAUUUCCUCUCCGUAAGCCACGGGCUGACCGAUCCAGAUGAUUGUCCUCCAACUGCAGUUCUUUUGCAACAGUUUAAACCAGGCAUUGAGGAACUAUUACUGGAUGCAAGACAUGGGAAGCAGGCCAAGGCUGGAGGCAAGCACAAGUUGUCUGCUGAUCAAGGACCUACAGAACCUAAGAAACCCAAGAGGACAGGAGAAAUGUGUGCCUUUAAUAAGGUCCUAGCACACUUGGUAGCUAUGUGUGACUCAAACAUGCCAUUUAUUGGACUUCGUUGUGAGCUUUCUGCUAUGGAGAUUCCUCACCAAGGAGUUCAAGUGGAAGGAGAUGGCUGCAAUCACGCCAUACGCAUACUAAGGAUUCCUCUAUCUACAAGUGUCAGUGAGGAGACACAGAAGGCCUUAGAUCGAUCUUUGCUGGAUUGCACUUUCCGAUUGCAGGGAAGAAAUAAUCGGACCUGGGUCGCAGAACUGGUAUUUGCCAAUUGCCCUCUGAAUAGUACUUCUGCCAAAGAGCAAGGUUCAACACGUCAUGUCUAUCUGACUUAUGAAAGUUUAUUAUCGGAGCCUGUUGGAGGUCGCAAGGUGGUCGAGGCAUUCCUGAAUGAUUUGAAUAGCAUUGCUAAGCUCUAUGAUUGUGUUCUAGAUUUUGCACGUUCCUUGCCAGAAAUGCCGUCCCAUCUUAAUCAUUUCUCGGAAAUACGUGUCUAUAAUUACCGUAAACUUGUCAUAUGCUAUGGAGCCCCUAAAGGCAGCUCGAUAACAAUCCAGUGGAAUCCCACUCACCAGCGAUUCCACAUUUCAUUAGGAACAGUAGGGCCAAAUUCUGGCUGCAGUAACUGCCACAACAUCAUACUCCAUCAACUUCAAGAAAUGUUCAACAAGUCACCAAAUGUUGUUCAGUUGCUACAGAUAUUGUACGAUACACAAGCACCACUGAAUGCAAUUAAUAAACUUCCAACAGUGCCAAUGUUGGGUCUCACACAUCGGACGAAUACUGCGUAUCAGUGCUUUUCAAUACUACCCCAGUCACCCACACACAUCAGGCUUGCUUUCCGUAAUAUGUAUUGCAUCGACAUAUACUGUCGAAGUCGAGGUGUUGUGGCUAUUCGUGAUGGUGCCUACAGUCUUUUUGACAACAGUAAGAUUGUGGAGGGAUUUCAUCCGGCUCCAGGCUUAAAGACGUUUUUGAACAUGUUUGUAGACAGCACCCAGGAUGCACGUAGACGAUCAGUCAAUGAAGAUGAUAAUCCACCAUCUCCUAUUGGUGGAGACAUGAUAGAAUCAUUAAUGUCUCAGCUUCAGUCACAGCCGCAACAGCCUUUUACCAAAUCUGGUGCGACAGUAACCUAUCCCCUGACAUCGCCACCUACAUCCUAUCAUAGUACAGUAACUCCAUCACCACAAAUGUUGCCUACACAAUCACCUGGGAGUUUACAUCCUGCAAAUUCCCCAAGCGGUGCAAUACGAGCUCCUUCACCAGCGUCAUUUGUACCCUCUCCAUCUCCAUCUUCCCUUGGAAUUUCAAUGGGACAGACACCAAACUUUGCAAGUCCACAUGGCACAAUUGACCCAAGCUCACCUUAUGCAAUGAUGUCACCCAGUCAGCGUUCUGGAAACUGGCCUGGAUCGCCACAGUUGCCUGGGUCAACUUUAGCACGCAUUCCUGGAAUGUCUCCAGCAAAUCCAUCCUUGCACUCACCAAUCCCAGAUGUAUCUCAUUCUCCACGAGCUGGAACAAGCUCCCAAAUAAUGCCGACCAACAUGCCCCCUCCUCGUACACUACCUCAGCGUUCAUGGGCUGCAUCAAUACCCACCAUCUUGACUCAUAAUGCCUUGCACAUUCUACUUUGUCCAUCACCGACUCCGGGUCUUGUCCCAGGAUUAGCUGGUAGUUAUCUGUGCUCCCCACUAGAGCGAUUCUUAGGAUCUGUUAUGAUGAGACGUCAUCUGCAAAGGAUCAUACAACAGGAACCGUUGCAACUUAUAAAUUCAAAUGAACCUGGUGUGAUCAUGUUUAAGACUGAAGCACUGAAGUGUCGAGUAGCAUUGAACCCACAGACAUAUCAAACUUUACAAUUCAAAGUAACACCUGAAACACCAGACCCAUGGACACAAGAAGAACUACAAGUUUUAGAAAAGUUCUUUGAAACAAGAGUUGCUGGACCCCCAUUUAAAGCCAAUACACUAAAUGCCUUUGCUAAGCUAUUGGGAGCUCCAACACACAUUCUCAGGGAUUGUGUGCGCAUCAUGAAACUGGAAUUGUUUCCAGAUCAGGCCACUCAGCUAAGGUGGAAUGUGCAGUUCUGUUUGACAAUCCCGCCUAGUGCUCCUCCAAUAGCUCCUCCAGGAACACCUGCAGUGGUGCUGAAAUCCAAGAUGCUGUUCUUUCUGCAACUCACUCAGCGACUAACAGUUCCACAAGAACCAAUCAGCAUAAUUGUGCCAAUUGUCUAUGAUAUGGCAACAGGGGCAACACAGCAAGCUGAUAUUCCAAGGCCACAGAACACAUCAGGAGCAGCUGCCUCAAUGGUGAGCAACAUCUUGAGGAGGUUUUCAGAAGUGCACCAGCCACCACAAGGUGACUGCACAAUCUAUGCAGCAGUGAGGGAUUUGAUGGCAAAUCUAACACUGCCCCCUGGGGGUCGACAGUAACACUACAGACUGCCUUAGGGUGUCCUUCAUGUGGAGAAAAAGGAUUGAGUACAAUGUUAUUCGGUGGACAGUAUGUGAUGCAAAAUGAAAUUAAUUAUCAAAAUCAUGCUCCAAUGUGACUUGAGAGCGUGAUAUAAUUUAUUCUUCAGGGAUGAACUUCUUCCAUUAAAAGAUACAUUCAUUACUUUGUUUACCUGCUGUUAUAUAGUGUAUUUUAUAAACUGCAUUUCAAACAAAUAUAAAUCCCAAAAGACUCCUGUUUGGUUGAUUUAGAUUUAACCAUAGUAUAGUAUUUACAAGGAGAAGAUCAUUAGAUUAUGAUGAUGCCAAGAAUAUUUUUUAGAGAAUGCAAAUCUGUCAAUUUUCAUAUGUUCUGGCAUAAUAGCUUAAGUUUUAUUAAUUUUCAAUUUCAUUUGUUACAUUGGUUAUUGUAAAUUGUGAAACUUUAAUGGAGC